AAGGCGAGAGGGAAGGAGCCGAGUGCCGAGAGGUCGAUGGGCGGAGGAUAAAUGUCUCGCUGAGUGUGAGGCCGCCAUUUUAGAUGAGGAACGAAACGAACGGCACCGAGCGGGACGAGAGCCUGCAGGGAGCCGCCGGGAGGGAGUGACAUAGAACAUAUCAGACAUCUUUUCACUGGAGUGAAUUGGUGGGGAUCUUGGGAGAGUUAGAGAAAACGAAUUUAGUUUCAGUAAAAAUGGCUUUCAUCAGAUACUGGUUGGAGCAAAAGACCCAAAAUGAAUGAAAAAAUCAAUGCUAGGGCACAGGCUACAGGACACUGAAAGACCGCAUCAAUGGAGCACAUUCAGGGAGCUUGGAAGACUAUCAGUAAUGGUUUUGGACUCAAGGAUUCUGUCUUUGAUGGCCCAAACUGUAUUUCACCUACUAUCGUUCAGCAGUUUGGUUAUCAACGCCGAGCAUCUGAUGAUGGCAAAAUAUCAGAUACUUCCAAAACUAGUAAUACUAUUCGUGUUUUCUUGCCCAACAAGCAGCGCACGGUGGUAAAUGUGCGAAAUGGGAUGACCUUACAUGACUGUCUUAUGAAGGCACUUAAAGUAAGAGGUCUGCAGCCAGAAUGCUGUGCAGUUUUUCGACUUCUUGCUGAACCAAAAGGAAAAAAAGUGCGUUUGGAUUGGAAUACAGAUGCUGCCUCCUUGAUUGGAGAGGAACUGCAAGUGGACUUCCUUGAUCAUGUUCCACUCACUACACACAAUUUUGCUCGGAAGACAUUUCUAAAGCUUGCUUUCUGUGACAUCUGCCAGAAGUUCCUGCUAAAUGGGUUUCGGUGUCAGACAUGUGGUUAUAAAUUCCAUGAACACUGCAGCACUAAAGUUCCAACCAUGUGUGUCGACUGGAGCAAUAUCAGGCAACUCUUAUUGUUCCCAAAUUCAAAUAUCAGUGACAGUGGUGUCCCUGCACUACCUCCCUUGACAAUGAGACGGAUGCGGGAGUCUGUCUCCCGGAUACCUGUUAGUUCCCAGCACAGGUAUUCUACACCUCAUGCCUUCACAUUCAACACAUCAAAUCCUUCCUCUGAGGGCUCUCUUUCCCAAAGACAGCGAUCUACAUCCACACCAAAUGUCCAUAUGGUUAGCACUACAAUGCCUGUAGACAGCCGGAUAAUUGAGAAUAACAGCCUGAAUGCUUCUCCCAGUUCCUGGUGCAGACGAUUUUGUUUGAGGGGAAGAGAUGCAAUUCGAAGCCAUAGUGAAUCAGCCUCACCCUCUGCUCUGUCUGGAAGUCCUAACAAUAUGAGUCCAACUGGCUGGUCUCAGCCCAAAACCCCAGUCCCAGCCCAAAGAGAGCGAGCCCCUGGAUCUAAUACACAAGAAAAAAACAAAAUUAGGCCUCGUGGACAGAGAGAUUCCAGUUAUUACUGGGAAAUAGAAGCAAGUGAAGUCAUGCUUUCUACCAGAAUAGGGUCAGGUUCUUUUGGAACAGUUUACAAAGGCAAAUGGCAUGGGGAUGUAGCAGUGAAGAUACUAAAGGUUGUAGAUCCAACCCCAGAACAGUUCCAGGCUUUCAGAAAUGAAGUGGCUGUAUUAAGGAAGACUCGGCAUGUUAAUAUUUUGCUCUUUAUGGGCUACAUGACUAAAGAUAAUCUGGCCAUUGUUACACAAUGGUGUGAAGGAAGCAGUCUGUAUAAACACCUGCAUGUUCAAGAGACCAAGUUCCAAAUGUUCCAGCUCAUUGAUAUUGCUCGGCAGACAGCACAGGGAAUGGACUAUUUACAUGCAAAGAAUAUUAUCCACAGAGACAUGAAAUCCAAUAAUAUAUUUCUUCACGAAGGCCUCACAGUGAAAAUAGGAGACUUUGGUCUGGCAACUGUAAAAUCCAGGUGGAGUGGAUCUCAACAGGUGGAACAGCCCACUGGCUCAAUCUUGUGGAUGGCACCAGAAGUGAUACGGAUGCAGGAUAGUAACCCGUUUAGUUUUCAGUCAGAUGUCUACUCCUAUGGAAUAGUAUUAUAUGAACUAAUGACAGGAGAGUUGCCAUACUCCCACAUAAACAACCGAGAUCAGAUUAUUUUCAUGGUUGGCCGAGGGUAUGCUUCUCCAGACCUCAGUAAAUUGUACAAGAACUGCCCCAAAGCAAUGAAGAGGCUUGUAGCAGAUUGUUUGAAGAAAGUUAGAGAAGAACGACCUCUGUUUCCACAAAUACUGUCGUCCAUUGAAUUGUUGCAACAUUCUUUACCCAAAAUCAACCGGAGUGCUUCUGAACCAUCUCUGCAUCGUGCCGCCCACACAGAGGACAUAAAUUCAUGCACAUUAACGUCGACAAGACUACCCGUGUUUUAGGAUCAUGCUCCCCUUCCCUUGUUCUCUCCAGUGACGAGAAAGGAACAGAAGUAACAGAAGUUGUGCUUUUAAUGCCUCAGUGUACAGGAUCAGUGCCAGCAGGAUUAUCUGCGUCCCAGUUUUAAGAACAAGCUGCUAAGGAUUUCUGCAGUUCUUAUCCUGCAGGGACACAGCUCCACAUUGCCUUUUUCUACAGUUUCUUUUACUGGGACAGUUAACAGACUAUAAAUCAAGAGAUCUAUUACUAUUUUUUUAAUAGAUGCACUUGAGCCUUAUUUUUCCCAUACACAGAAGCGAUGGAUGUUUCUUUGGCAGUGUUUCUGGAUUGAUUUGAAUCUGUUGAUAAAUUGGUAUUUUUUACUGCAAGGAUGGCUUGCCUCCACAUUUGAGGAAAGAUGAUGCAUUAUGGUGCUCUUUGAUUGCCCCAUGCCAUAUGCCACUUCAAGUUGGGGGGAGUUUUGCCUGAAAUGGGUAUCUGCAAACAAGACUGAGGGAAGCGGAAAAAAACUUUCUGGAAAUCAGCUCCUGCCUAAGAGCUUUCAUCAAGCCAAUGAAAUAAGUUAAAAUGCUAAUUCAACACAAAAUAGUUUUGCAAUAGUUUUGCACAUAGAAGAAAAACUCUUGCAAAAGAAUGGAAUAUAUUCUGAAUUGUACUGCUCAGAGAAGGAAGCUAGCCAGUCUUGCUAUGGUCAUCUUCAGUAACUUAAGCAGCUUACUUUGGUACUAUUGACUUGUUUCUUGCAGCCCAAUGAGGUGGUAAGUGCAGAAAGACAGGCUUUUGUGGCUGAGAAAAGGCUAAUUAACAUAUCCGUAUACUUCUGCAAAAUGAGCAUAGUCUUCAUCCCAUCUGAAGCUGUCGUCCAAGAGAUGCACUAUCAAGAGGAAACUGAGCAUAUACAGUUUUUCUUGCUGAUUUGGGUUUUAAUUUUGUUUUUAUUGCUCCUGAGAAAAUGCAUUUAUUGUAAGCCAAGGUUCCUCUGAUUAUCUUAUUUUAAUAAAAUAAAUUAAAUUUUAGGUUUAAGAUUCAAUGUCAUCAUUUAAUGUAGUAAUCCAUAGUUCUGAUAUGUACAUCUAGAUGUGAAAACCUCAGAAAGUGACAUUCUGAAUAAUAUUUUAAAAGUUACUAGGAUAGGUAAUAGCAGUUCAAGUAAAAACACACUUGAUAUAACAACCUAUAGGUUUCCAAUCACUUCCAUUAUGAGAUGGUUUUUAUUCUACUGUAAAAUAAACUUUCAGCAGCAUCUGCUUCUCAAGAUACCUACCCUGAUGUGCUAUCAAGCUAUUUAACUGCAUAAUUUUUGCUCUGCAUUUUAUCUUCUGUGAACCUGUUGUUUACUUAAGUAGAAGUGAGAGUUUUGUCUUGGCUGAACUCCAUAGAUGAAAAAACUUAGGUGGUUUAAUCUAAGAAUUUAUUUUUUUAAAUAGCAUUCUGUUUAAAUAUGUUUAUUAGGGAAAGAAUGGAAGCUUGGGAUUUUGUGUCUGUGUGUGUACAGGUAAGUAUGGGGCUCUGAACUGAAUACAUUGCUGAGAUCUAGUGAGUGAAGAGACAAGAUGUCUGUAACCACUGUUAUCUCCAUCUAAACAGCUGCCUAAAAUCUGUCAGGCAAAAUACUUCUGCUGUUAAUUUUGACAGCUUACAUGUGCAACUCUUAACUGUCUGUAAUGUUCAAAUAGCCAUUUCAGCUUCGUAUUUGCAGCAAGCAAGAAACCCACAAUGUGAAAGGGCAAAGGAACUUGAAGUACAUAAGCCAGAUACAUACUUUAAAAAUAAUAUCUAGACUGUUUGUCCUCAGAAUAUCAUAUAACAUUAUAAGAAGUGUGGAAUAUUAAUGCUUAGGUGAUAAUUGAGCAUGAUCAUAAAGUUUGCUUGCUAAGAAGUAAAUUGAGGGUUGAAGGAAACUGUUCUAUAUAGUUCUGCAUGAUUUUCAACAAUAUUCUCGGUAUUCUAACUGUAACCCUCUCUAAAAGUCAUUUAUCUUUCAUUUUACCUUCAUUAUAAUAAGAACAAGAAGAAAAAAAAAAAGAGAAAUGGUAAGCUGCUUUUACUUUAGCUCUGAUUUCCAAGAAGAAACCAUUAACUCCUGGUUUUUAAAACAGAUCAUGUGUCUCUUGAAAAAUUAAAAUAUUUUUGAUAAAUAGGCUUAUUUUGACCAGCACUUGAUGUCAAAUUAGGUGAAAGCUGCUAAGUGAAGAAUUUAAAAAGUCUGAGUUUCUAAGUCUUACUGCUUUCAAAUUAAAACUUCUGUUUAUGUUGUCCCUAGGUAGCUUUGAGAAAGAAGUUAUCUUUUUUAUUUCAGACUACUGUUACCUGGUUUAUGUCUUCUUGGGGCAAAGUAAAUCAGGAAUGUCUUGUUUAAGGUAAAGAACAUCCUCUCCAUUGACUUUUUUUGAGUAUAUUUUAUUACUGAAAAUAUUUCGCUCUGGGGAAAAAAAAAUAAAUGUGCAAGACCAGCUAGAAACAAGCUUCUGUGGGGAGGCUAAGGGCUAUCUAAGUAUUUUGGGGUAGAAAGUAUGCCUGGGCAAGUGCUCUUGAACACUGAUCUUCAGAGUACUCCAUCUCUUGUAGUGAUACUUCAUUUUCCUUCACCUUUGUAAUUAGCAAUGAAGAUAAGGCCUGACAUUGCAGUAAGCAUUGUUAAAAAUUAACUUUAGGGAGGAAAUUAAUUAUGGAA